GCCAAGCCAAGGCAAAGACAUAUAUAGUAAACAACUUAAUAAUUCAGCAUUCUUCAUUGAAUUUCUGUACAUUAAACAAAAAGGCAUGUCCACAAUAAUGGCGAAAAUGAUGAGCGGAUCUACUCCUAUUAAUCCUGGUAGUACUGGCCGUACAUCCUCACCGUCGCUAACUCCGCCGCCAGCUUCUCUUCCCGUCCGUACAAUUCCCGGCGGCUACGGUUGGCCGUUGUUAGGACCAAUAUCUGAUAGAUUGGAUUAUAAUUGGUUCCAGGGACCUAACACUUUUUUUACCAAGAGAAUAGAAAAGCACAAGAGCACAGUUUUUAGAACUAAUGUGCCUCCUUGUUUUCCGUUUUUUCUUGGUGUUAAUCCGAAUGUGGUGGCGGUUCUUGAUGUCAAGUCGUUUUCGCAUCUGUUUGAUAUGGAGAUUGUAGAGAAAGCUAAUGUCCUUGUUGGGGAUUUCAUGCCUAGUGUUCAGUAUACUGGAGAUAUGCGUGUUUGUGCUUAUCUUGAUACUUCUGAACCUAAACAUACUCAGAUUAAGAACUUUUCAUUGGACAUUCUAAAAAGAAGCUCAAAAACAUGGGUGCCAACACUUGUCAAUGAACUCAACACCAUGUUUGAAACUUUCGAAUCAGAUAUCUCAAAAUCAAACUCAGCUUCUCUUCUCCCUACUAUGCAAAAAUUCCUCUUCAACUUUUUUUCCCUCACUCUCUUAGGAGCCAAUCCAUCAGCUUCACCAGAAAUAGCCAAUUCUGGCUACGUAAUGCUUGACACGUGGCUAGCUAUUCAACUUGCACCUACUGUUAGUAUUGGCGUACUUCAACCCCUUGAAGAAAUAUUUGUCCACUCUUUUAGUUACCCUUUUUUCCUUGUCAAAGGUGGUUAUGAAAAACUCAUACAAUUUGUCAAAAAUGAAGCUAAGGAAGUUUUAAAUAGAGGUAAAUCAGAGUUUGGACUUACUGAACAAGAAGCUAUACAUAACCUUUUGUUCAUUCUUGGGUUCAAUGCUUUUGGUGGUUUCUCUAUUUUUUUGCCAACCCUUUUGGGAAAUCUUGGAGAUGAGAAAAAUGCAGAGUUACAAGAGAAAUUGAGAAAUGAAGUUAGAGAGAAAGUUGGAUUAAAGCCAGAAAAUUUGAGUUUUGAGAGUGUUAAAGAAAUGGAACUUGUUCAGUCUUUUGUAUAUGAAACACUUAGACUUAGUCCACCUGUGCCAACUCAAUAUGCAAGAGCAAGAAAAGAUUUUAAGCUAAGUUCACAUGAUUCAGUUUAUGAAAUCAAGAAAGGUGAACUUCUUUGUGGAUAUCAGCCAUUGGUUAUGAGAGAUCCAAAGGUGUUUGAUAAUCCUGAAAAGUUUGUGUUGGAAAGGUUUACAAAGGAAAAAGGGAAAGAAUUGCUGAAUUAUUUGUUUUGGUCAAAUGGACCACAGACUGGGAGACCAACUGAAUCAAACAAACAAUGUGCUGCUAAGGAUAUUGUUACUCUUACUGCUUCUUUGAUUGUGGCUUAUGUUUUUCAAAGGUAUGAUUCAGUGAGUUUCUCUUCUGGUUCAAUCACAUCUGUGAAAAAAGCCAGUUGAGUUUUGAGUUGUGGCAGCUAAUUAAGCUUUGCUAGACAUGUCAAAAUAAUGUCUUCAGAAUUCAGACAUCUCUUUUUCCCCCUCCCCCUUGUGUGAUACUCCUUAUGUGUAAUAUAAAUUCAACAAUGAAAUUUCAAGGAGUGCUUAUUUAUUUUUUUUGAA